CCAACUCCCCAAGAGACCCAGCAUCAGAGCACCAGCAACGAGAACGACAUGAGGGUAGGACAACUAACUCUGGGACUCCUGGCGAUGUGCCUGUGCCUUUGGCUAACCAAUGCGGCAACAACGUCCUCUUCAACAUCCUCCACAUCAACAACAUCGACUACAACAACCAGUACUACGACAACAACAACUACAGAUGCUACCACCACCACCUCCAGUUCCUCGAAAAAGCACAAAAAACAUUUCACCAUCAAAAAUGUGCGUUACUCGAAUACUCGAAGAAUAAGAGUGUACAAAAAUGGGAGCUCUAGUUCCACUUCGACCAAGUCAAGGUCCAGAUUGAGGAAUCGAUCCGGCAGGAGAGUAGUCCUGGUGCGUAAUCGUAAUUAUCGUAAUCUGAGACGUCGCCAAGGAUAAUCCUGGAAUAAUAAUCUGUAUAUUGAAGCAAUAAACGC